AUGGACCAGACAGUACUUGUCGAGUCGGAUAGCACCUCGGAAACUGAUGACCAGAUCAAGGUGUGGGAGAUAUCCCAUGUGCACGAUGGCUCCAAACACCCCAAAUCUCAAGUGGAAUGCGGAAUUGGUCACCGCGUCCAGGCCAGUCGAUCCGUCCUGGCCUUGGUCAUUGACAAGGAAUGUGUUUUCGCCGGCCUCCAGGGAGGAGACAUAGUAGCAUGGUCUCUUGAGACCUACGACCUUGUUCUCUCGGUUCAUGCGCAUCAGGAGAGCGUUUUGGAUCUCUAUCUGUCCGAUGAGGGAGAUCUACUUUUUUCGAGUGGAGGGGACUCGGUUAUCAAUGUAUGGUCGACCAGGACAUUUGAUCGACUAUAUUCUAUUCACACCCACCAUGAUGUGGGGGAUAUCUUCGCGGUCGCCUACUCAUCGAGUCUGAACACCAUCUACUGUGGUGGUCAGAACACGAGUAUCCAAUGGUGUGAUAUAUCCCAGACCGAUACAGUGUCUGCGCAGCUCUCUGAAGCUCAACUAUCAAAACGCACGCACAGAUUUUUUGACUCUCGUGGCCCUGACGGUACGCGUGCCCCGAGGCCAGAGGCAGGCUCCGAUGGGGCCCGCCCGGUCACGCAGGGGGGUCAAGUUCUUACAUUUAAGCGCGACCAUCAUAAGCUGUUCGCGCACCAUGGGUAUGUUUACACCAUGCUCCUGGUUCGGGGAUUAGUUGAGUCAGUACCAGGGGAAGAGGUACUGUUGACAGGUGCUGGAGAUGGCGUCGUUAAACUAUGGCGCUUACAGCAAGACAAAACCAAUGCCGUCCCCUCUCAGAUGGCGAAGCUCCAAAAUGGAGACCCGGUCCUCUCUCUCGCUGUGGAUGGGUCAUUUCUCUACUGUGGUCUCGCCGGAGGUGCAUUGAACAUAUGGAACCUUGAUUCUCAUCAGCUAGUUAAGCGCAUUACUCGCCAUACGGGCGAUCUGUGGGCGGUUGGCAUUAUUCACGGCGUGGCGGUAUGCGGAGAUUCUAAUGGAAUUGUGAAGAAAUUCAACUCACGUUUUGAAGAGGUCGGUAGCUGGACUGCCCAUGAAGGUACCAUGUUAGCAUCCGCGGCUAGCCAAUACAAUGAUCGAUUUAUCUACGCUACUGGAGGCAAUGACAACACCGUUGGAAUCUGGGACGUGACGGAAGUAUCUCUGUCUCAGGGUGAAUUGCCUCGGAUCAAUAAUGAUGAAAUGGUCAACUGCCUAGCGAAAUUUGUUGCCUUCAAAACCGUCUCGGCUAGUCCAAAAUUCGCCGGGGAAUGUAAUCAGGGUGCGGCUUUCUUAAGACGACACUGCAUUUAUUUGGGGGCUAAGACAAAGCUCCUGACGACUGGGGAAGACACGAACCCGAUCAUACACGCGCGGUUUAACGCAACGUCUCCCGACAAGGUCAGUAAAACCAUCCUGUUCUACGGCCAUUACGACGUCGUCGGGGCGGAUGCCAAUGGAGCCAAAUGGAAGACCGACCCCUACCAGCUGACCUCCAUGGAUGGCUUUUUGUAUGGUCGGGGAGUCUCGGACAAUAAAGGUCCAAUUCUAGCGGCGCUUUAUGCUGCGGCCGAGCUUGCUCGGCAGAAGCAACUUCCUUGUGAUGUUGUCUUCCUCAUCGAGGGCGAAGAAGAGUCCGGAUCCCAAGGGUUUCACGAAACCGUUCGAAAGCAUAAACCCCAGAUUGGACCGGUGGACUGGAUUCUGCUGGCCAACAGCUACUGGCUAGAUGACUACAACCCUUGCUUGACGUAUGGCCUGCGUGGCGUGGUUCACGCCAAUUUGAUCGUUGCCAGUGACCACCCAGACCUCCACAGCGGUAUCGACGGGAGCGCUUUGUUGGAUGAACCAUUGAAGGAUCUGACCUUACUCCUGGGCACUUUAGUUGGGCCCAAGGGACGAAUCAAUAUCCCGGGCGUCCAGGACCCUGUCUUACCUCUCACAGAGGCAGAAAAACAACGCUACGCCGAUAUCGCUCAAAUCCUGCUGCAACGACAUCCGGAGAUUGCGGAUCGGGAGGCUCUCAUCAACUCCCUCAUGCAUCGCUGGCGAGAACCGUCCCUCACCAUCCAUUCCGUCGAAGUCCCAGGCAAUAGUAAAAGCACGACGACCACAAUCUCCCGCAAAGCAAAGGCCAGCCUCUCUGUGCGGAUUGUACCAAACCAAGAAGCUGAUGAUGUGGCGGCCAGCCUGACCCUGUAUGCACAGGAGAAGUUUGAUCUCCUAUGUUCGCAGAACGACCUAACCGUAGAAAUCACGGGGAAAUCGGACCCCUGGCUCGGAGAUCCAGAUAAUGAGAUGUUCGAGACACUUGACGAGGCCAUCACAGUGGCCUGGACCCCAAGCCAUCACGACCAGAAGCACCAAUACCCUCCCAUCCAACGGAAUCUAACUGCGCCGAAGGAGCCAGGUUCCCAAAUUCCACGGAACGACUCCUCUGACAGUCUCGCCUCCCACAUUGACCGGAUCAUCGUGUCCACGACGACAUCGUCCGCAAGCAAAACGGACACACGACAACGAUCAUCUUUAACCCGGACCGUCCCGACAUCCUCCACGCUGACGAACACCUCAAGUGCCAUCUCCAAGGACACAACGACACGAGAGACGUCCACCGUAUUUCGCAACGAGACCCCCAUAUCCUCAUCCCCGGGGCCUGCAUCUGUAUCUGCACCAUCCGGUGUGCGACCCAUCUACAUCCGCGAGGGCGGAUCAAUUCCCACGAUCCGCUUUUUGGAGAAAGAGUUCUCAGCGCCCGCGGCAAACCUGCCCUGCGGACAGGCAAGCGAUAACGCCCAUCUGUAUAAUGAACGUCUGCGGGUCGAGAAUCUGUAUAAGAGUCGGGAGAUUUUUAGUUAUUUAUUUUCCAAGUUACCGGGCAAAGUUCGUGGACUUUAA